CUCAGAUCUGCUACGAUCACAACCUAGCGCCCAACCCCGGGCCUCGCGCAUCACGACCCUUGCGCAAUGGGAGCAUGCCACGGCUGUUGCAACAAUGGCGCGAACGGAACAGGCUCCCUCAGCCUCGACACAUUCAGAAUGGAAAAACUCGCUGAAGAAGAAGUGAUCGUGUCCGCCUCAACGAUCACAGAGUUCGCGAAACGCUUGUGGCCUGUGUUGAGCAAGCUCGCCGAAGGAAUUGUCGUGAAUGAGGUGAUUCCCAGAGUGAACAAGACUUUGCCCGGAGCAUUUAACAUCAGUCUUCGAAGCUUCACCAUCGGCCAAAAGCCUCCCAGCUUUGGGCAAAUGAGGAUUAUCGAGACGAAGAAGGUGAUGCAGUCUCGGAGCGACCACUCAGACCGAUUGCGGACUGUUCUGCCAUUCCUUUGGGACUCGGGACAAGAAAUAUCUGCUGUCGUGGCUGGCUUCCACGUGGGUGUGGCAAACAUCAAGAUCAAAGCUGAGAUCCUUGCUGAUUGGGGACCUAUCAUGGAUUCUUAUCCAGUCAUGGCGGGUGUCGGCAUCACCAUGCCCGAUCCGCCGACGAUUGACUUCAACCUCACGGGCGUGGCGAGCAUCGCGGAGUUGCCUCCGAUUCGAAACGCCAUCUUCCGUGCGAUUGAUGGGGCCAUCUCCAGCAAUUUCGUGCUUCCAAACCGGUUUGGUCUUCCCGCAGGACGCGAACGUGGGGUCAAGCCGUGGGUGGUGACGGGCCCACCGCCGAUUGGACUCCUCCGCGUGAAGGUCAUCAGCGCCAGCAAUCUUCCCAAUGAGGACAUGUCUGGACAGAGUGACCCCUUUGUGGAAGUGAGGGUCGGCUAUCUGGGGAAGACCUACAAGACCAAGGUGGUUGAGGACGCAGCCAAUCCUGUUUGGAAUGAAGAGACGAUGGCCUUCCCGGUGUACACGCUCUUCCAAAAAGUCCACUGCUUCAUUACAGACAGCGACUUCUGGACUCCCAAUGAUGCCAUUGGUGGCCUCAAGGAUUGCUAUAUCUAUGACAUCAUCCAAGACACUGCGGCACAGGACUAUCAUCUUUACAAGAAAGAUGGCACGCGACUUGAGGAUUCUCGUAUCAAGCUAGCCUUCGAGUGGAAGGAGCUGGCGCCAGCUUCAGUGGCCACGAUGAAAUCGCUGAAGACGCUGAAGGCGGACAUCGGUAGCUUCCCAGUGGUGCUCUCUGUGCUAAUUGACAAAGUGAUCGGAAAGUCGAACUUUCUCCAGGCGGGCUUCACCGUGAAAUGCCAGAUUCCCAUGGCAGGUGAUGAGAUCAAAGAGUUUGAGUCUUCCUACGCCAGAAAGGAAGACGGCUACACAGGUCAGUUUAUCUACAAGCGCGUGUUGAAGGGCUUGACGGACAAGAAAAUCCCGGUGGCCCAGCAGGCUGAAAUCACCGGUCUCUCAGAGACCGAGAUUGCCAACCUCCUGAAGGGUGGAUUUGUGACGACCACGCCAGAGUUUGACAUUGGCAGCCAGAAUCAUGUCAUGAUGACCGUGGAGGAGAUGCAAACAAAGAAAAUGAAGAUUUCAGUUGUGCAGGAUGGCAGCGUGAAAGAUGAGAUGGAGGUUUCAAUAUCGGAGUUCGUUGCGAAGGAAUCAGAUGAAGCACCAAGACCCCUGAUGAUGAAAGGCGGUGAACAGAUCUUUUGCAAGCUGACGAUGCAUGCAGUUCAGUGACUUUAAGGCCAAGUCUCUUGGCACUGAGUCUUGGUGGGAUACUACUAUACUACGUACUGUGCGGAUCGUGUUGUACUCAACUCGACUUUUCGAAUUUCCUUCUUUGGGUGCAGAAUUCGUCCAUGAAGAAUCCACAUGGAAUCGAUGUCUUUCAUGUGAAAGUGCCUUCGAGUGCCCCCCCACCCCCCAAUAGCUCUGCCUGUAUUGAAGCCUUCAAACCAUGGUCGCUUGACGGAUCACAGCAAAGCACAUGAUCUCAGGGUCCCAUUGUCGUGGACUUGUGGAGAACAAACUCGCUCGCCCAGGCCUCCAUCUGCUGAGCAAAAUAUCCGUGCGAAACUGGAAACAGCCAACAUUCACUGCUUGUGGAAAGUCAUGUGCUGAAAGCGGCACAGAAUGAUUUCGAUUUCGGUUGCCAAGACAGGUCUUUAGUGGUUGCUCGUUGGCUGAUCUACCAUUCGUGUGUCAAAAAGACGUUGCGACUGGCCUAAGCUGCCAGAUCAUUUCAGCCCUGCGGUUGAUCAGCAGAUACCCGGAAAGAUAAAAGAUGG